AUGUUCCUCGUCUGCGUUGGGCUUAAUUUAAAGUUACCACAAAAAGAUUAUGAUGCUGUUCCCAAGAAAUAUUCAAUGGAUCAAUUAAAUUUAAUUGAAGUAAAUAAAGAACAUUUAAAAGAAAGAACAGGCGAUGUGAAAGGUAUAAGUGAAGAUAAAUUAACAACAUUAGAAACUAAACUUAUUGAUAAUAGUGAAAUACAAAAACAAAUAGUUGGUAUUAAACAACAAUUACUUAAUGUAGUAGAUAAAACUCAAUUAGAAAAUUUAAAAUCAUUAAUAUCUAAAUUAGAUGAUAAGAUAACAAAACAAAAAAUAAACCUUAAACAACUAAUAGAUAAUAUUAAACCAGGUAUAAGUGAAGAAAAACUAACUGAAUUAGAAACCAAACUCAAUGAUAAUAGUGAAAUAGAUGCUAGUAAACAACAAUUACUUAAUGUAGUAGAUAAAACUCAAUUAGAAAAUUUAAAAUCAUUAAUAUCUAAAUUAGAUGUUAAGAUAGCAAAGCAAAAAAUAGAUCUGAAACAACUAAUAGAUAAUAUUAAACCAGGUAUGAAUGAAGAUGAAUUAGCCGCAUUAGAAACCAAACUCAAUGAUAGUGAAAUAGAUGCUAUUAAACAACAAUUAGACAAUCUAGUAGAUAAAACUCAAUUACAAAAUUUUACAUCAUUAAUAUCUAAAUUAGAUGAUAAGAUAGCAAAGCAAAAAAUAGAUCUUAAACAACUAAUAGAUAAUAUUAAACCAGGUAUGAAUGAAGACAAAUGGCAACAGGAAUCAACUGCUCUAGAAACUAAAUUUAAAACUGAAUUAUAA